CUUCAAGGGUCAUAAAACCACCCUUUCCAAUUUACCAAAGAAAAAUGAAGCCUUGUUCAACCUGGACCGAUUCCGCGAUGACCCAGAGCCAUUUUUUAACUACGCACGUAGAGUUUUUCCGGGCAUCCUGAAGCCGACGCUCAGCCACUUCUUCGUCAGGAUGCUCCACGAAAAGGGUCUUCUACUUAGGCACUACACCAAAAAUCUGGACAAUUUAGAGAGAGCAGCCGGCAUUCCUGCUGACAAGCUAGUCGAGGCGCACGGCACCUUCCAGUCUUCGCACUGCAUUGAUUGUGAUCACGAGUACGAUUUCACCUGGUUAAAUGAAAGGAUCAUGAACGAGAUUCCCAAGUGUGAAUGUGGCGGGGUAGUCCGGCCAGACAUCGUAUUCUUUGGCGAAGAUUUGACAGAUAGAUUCACGGAGCUUGGAGGAAAUGAUUUGUUCGAGUGCGAUUUGCUCAUCAUUUUGGGCUCUUCCCUAGAGGCCCAACCCUUCUCUUCUUUAGUUGACAAAGCACGGAGUAUGGUUCCUCGAGUCCUAAUUAACAGAAAAAUACCGCCACUUGGAAAUCCUGUGCUCUGGGGAAAAGGUUUGAGCACUGGUUGGAAUAUGAGCGCAUUGGACGUGACGUUUCAGGGUGAAUGUGAUGUCGGUUGUGCAAAACUAGCAGAAGCGAUGGAUUGGGCAACCGAGCUGAGAGCUUUAUACAAUACAGAAAACGGACUGAAUAAAGGAGGCAAGAGUCCAUUGACUCUCACCUCUCGCCCUAUUGGCAAAAAAUUACUCUAAAAGUUUAUUUAUGUGUCAAAAAUAUAUGUU